AUGAAUUUAUCGACAAGAUUCUCUCCAAAAUCGGGCCAACCACUGAGUAAACCGAAUCGCGGUCCGCCAAAUGUGACUUGGCAGCAUUCAUGGUCAUCAAGUGAGACAGCAGCUGGUUUGGCUGAAUCUCGUUUGCGAUUUCUUCCGCCUGAGGUUCUCCUACAGAUUUUCAAAGGUUUGUCAGUACACGAUUUGGGAAAUAUUUCACUGACCUGUCGAGCAUUGAAAAUCAUUGCUGAUCAAGAUGAUAUAUGGAAACUGAAGUGCAAAUCGUCGACAAAGGUACAAUCGAAAACAUUCAAAGAAGUUUAUAUGGAUUGGAUGCAUGAGAAAUAUUUGCGUAAUAUUGAAUUAGAAGAAGUCGAAGCGGAAUAUAAGAAAAGAAGGGCACACGUUGCUUGUGGAAGGCGAUGCGGCCCGCCAAAAUAUCCAAUUCGACCCGAUGGUAAACAUGACUUUGGAGCUGUCGGCGGAUUCAAAGAACAUCCAAAUCAAUCGAGUACAAUGAUUAUUGAUCUCUCUGUUGACAUUAAUAAGAUGGCAAAGGAACUUCUGUCGUUGUUGGAAAAAGCAGAACAAUUCAAAGUAGAAUGGCGUGAAUCAUCGGUGAUCAAACGAAUGAUCACUCGUUAUUAUCGAUUCAUGCAAUUGAAAGCGUCAAUGCCAAGUAGUGUUCUGCUCAUUCCAACAUUAGAUAUCGAAAUCAUUUGGCAAACUCAUCUUCUCCGACCAACAAUGUAUCACGAUGAUUGUUUACGCUUAUUUCAUCGCAUUAUUGAUCAUAGCUUAUUGUCCAGCGAUAUUGAGCAGUUUCUGAAAGAGCGGGCGUUUAUUGAAACUUGUAAACUAUACGAAGAACGAUUUGGUGAGGAAUACUGUCCGUUACCGGAAGAUAAACAAGGGAAAACACCCAUGCCCAAAUACGAGCACAAUUUAUUUUGCAGAUUGGAAUGUUUAAUUCCAAAUUAUCUCUACUGGGAUGAGACGCAUUUUAAAUUUGAAUCCCCAUCGACACCUAAUCACGACGACAAUCCAUUCUCAUUCACCGAAGCUGAUGUUAUAUUGGAUAGUAACUGGCUCAGUCUAUGCAAGAAGUUCAUGCUUGAUAUGGAAGAAAAACUUCAAACUAGCGCAUAUGAUACAUAUGAAGAACAGUUUAUACUCCGUCACGCAGCGCUGGAAAGACUUAAAAAGUCGUACGAGCGAUUCUUAUAUCUGGCAACGAAGUAUCCUUCGUCAAAUGGCUAUCAGUUCGUUCACCCGACCUAUGCCAUUGAUAUUAUUUGGCACUCGCAUAUGCAAGAGCCGUUGAAAUAUGUGGCUGAUUGCCAGCGUCUUGUGGGAUAUGUGGUUGAUCAUGCGCCGUGGCCAUCGGUUGAUGCGAAUAAAAUGAAAAAUUCGUGUGAUGAUACAGCAAAUAUGUGGAAAAAAGAAUUCGAUAGCGAUAUGCAAUCCGAUCAUCUUUUCAAUACGAAGAAUAGUGAACUUGAUUGCCGCUAUGACUAG